AUGUAGCGUAAGCCUAUGAGAAAAAAGGAUAAAGGCAAGAGCCAGUCUAAAACAAACACACACGGAACAGGGUCCGUUCAGUGGCGUAGAAUUGCACAGACAUCUAUAGCAGUUACCUCAAGCAAAAAUAUGGUCCAAGCCAAGACGUGGAUACUGAAGCAGUACUUUGAGGGUUUUCCUAAAGACAGUGACUUUGAGCUGAAGCUGGAGCAGCUGCCUGAGCCAAAAGAUGGAGAAGUACUUUUGGAAGCAGUGUUCCUAAGCGUGGAUCCAUACAUGCGGCCUUUUAGUAGUGUGCGAAUGCAGCCAGGAGAUGUGAUGAUCGGAGCGCAAGUGGCCAAAGUAAUUCAGAGUAAAAACCCAGCAUUUCCUGAGGGCAGUCAUGUAGUUGGCCGGUGCGCAACACACACAAUAUCCGAUGGAACCAGUUUCACCCGGGUCCUGAGCGACUGGCCUCAGACUGUUCCUCUUUCUCUUGCUCUUGGCGCCAUCGGCAUGCCAGGGCUGACUGGUCUAUAUGGUUUAGAAGAGGUUUUGGCCAUUAAACCGGGGGAGACCCUCCUGGUGAACGCGGCGGCUGGUGCUGUUGGGAGCGUUGUGGGUCAGAUUGCUAAACUGAAAGGAUGUAAAGUGGUGGCUUCAGCUGGGAGUGAUGCUAAAGUGGCCUAUCUGAAAGAGCUGGGUUUUGACUAUGCCUUCAACUACAAAACUGUGUCCUCUCUGGAGGAAGCUCUAAAACAAGCCUCACCAGAGGGAUACGAGUGCUACUUUGAUAAUGUUGGUGGGCAUUUCUCCAGUGUUGCGCUUUCACAGAUGAAGACGUUUGGAAGGAUCGCUGUUUGUGGAGGAAUUUCCCUUUACAAUGAUAAAGAACCCCAAACAGGUCCUUAUCCACACCUGCCUAUACUCUUUAAGGAGUUGCGGAUGGAGGGCUUCUUGGUGGGGAGAUGGGCGCAUAAGAAUGAGGAGUCUCUGAAAAGGCUGUUGACUUGGCUGCAGGAGGGAAAGCUGAAGUGUAGAGAGCAUGUGACUGUGGGUUUUGAGAACAUGCCAGCUGCCUUCAUGGGGAUGCUGCAGGGAGAAAACCUCGGGAAAGCCAUUGUUAAAGUCUGAAAGCUUCUUUCUUCUGGCUCAGACUUGUGAAACUGUCCCCUGCUACACAUGUAAUAAAAUCUUGGGUUUGUCUUUGUA